GGGAUUCGGAAGCUUUCUGGGACAGCCGGGUUGUGACUCGGCGCCGUGAGCGGCUCUGGAGCUGUUUAUGGCCGAGGGGAAAGUGUCCCUUCACGGGAUUCCCUCCCAGGAACAGCCCUUGGGGAUAGAUCGAGGGCUCCGGGAGACACCGCGUUAUUGUGCGGUCCCUGACUUGUGUUUUAUCCCAGCAAUAUGCCUCCCAGUUCCUGCUCAGGAAACGUCGAGCCAAUUCUUUUAUGGAAGAAAGUAAGAAAGGAAAUCUAGAAAGAGAAUGCAUUGAAGAAUUAUGCAAUAAGGAAGAAGCCAGGGAAGUCUUUGAAAAUAAUCCUGAAACUGAGUAUUUUUAUCCCAAAUAUUUAGGCUGCCUUGCCUCCCAUCGAGCUGGGGUGUUCAGGGUCGCUGCAGUUACUCCUGAUUCUCCAGCUGACCUGAGGGCCUGCGUCAAGGAAAUUUCAAACCAGUGCAGCCCUCUGCCAUGCCAUAAAGAUGGAUAUAAGGAUUGCAUAGAUGGACAAGGCAAAUACACAUGUGUCUGUAAACCAGGGUGGAGAGGAGAGAACUGUGAAGAAGAUAUAAACGAGUGUGAAGACUUUAAUGGAGGUUGUAGCCAACGCUGUUCCAAUCUACCUGGGAGCUACCGUUGCUUGUGUGAAGAUGGAUACUUCAUGCACUCGAACAAACGGGAUUGUGGAGAUAUAAAUGAGUGUGUGCUAUAUCCAAACAUCUGUGGGACAGCCAUUUGUAAAAACACCCAGGGAAAAUAUGAAUGUGAAUGUGCAGAAGGCUACACAUAUAAUUCAACUUCCAAGAACUGUGAAGAUAUUGAUGAAUGUGCUGAAAAUAUUUGUGCUCAACUCUGUGUAAACUCUCCAGGAAGUUACAGCUGCUAUUGUGAUGGCAAGAAAGGGUUCAAGCUCUCCAAGGACACGAAGAAUUGUGAGUCUAUUACUGAGUGUAUCCCACUGAACCUCGAAAAGAAUUAUGAACUGCUUUAUCUGGCAGAGCAAUUCAUAGGAAUUCCUGUCCUCUACUUAAAGUUUAAAUUGCCAAAUGUCACAAGGUUUACAGCAGAGUUUGAUUUUCGGACAUAUGAUGCAGAGGGAGUUAUCCUGUAUGCUGAAUCCCUUGACAAUUCAGCAUGGAUAUUGCUGGCUCUUCGUGAUGGGAAGAUUGAAGUUCAGUUCAAGAAUGAAUUUGGAACAAAAGUCACCAGUGGAGGCAAAGCCAUUAAUGAUGGACUGUGGCAUAUAAUAUCAGUUGAAGAACUGGAGCACAGCAUCAGUGUAAAAAUAGCUAAAGAAGCUGUGAUGAGUAUUAACAGCCCAGGAACUCUUUUUAAACAGUCCCAGGGUUUCCUGGAAACUAAGGUGUACAUUGCAGGAUUACCUCGCAAAGUGGGCAAUGCUCUUGUUAAGCAGAUUAACCCUCGGUUAGAUGGCUGUAUUCGUGCCUGGAACCUGAUGAAUCAGGGACAUUCAGGUGUAAAAGAAGUUAUUCAAGAAAAACAAAGCAAACACUGUUUAGUAUCAGUGGGGAGAGGAUCCUUCUACCCUGGCACUGGAAUGGCAGCAUUUCAGAUAAACUAUAAUAACCUUGACAGUGCUGAAGAUUGGCUAAUAAAUGUGACUCUGAGUAUUCGCUCAUCCACAGACACUGGUGUUAUGUUUGCCUUGGUUUGUAAUGAAACAGUGCCUCUUGCAUUGUCCAUAGUGGACUCUAACUCCUCUGACUCACAGAAAAUCACUGUGACCAUUGGAAACAUCACUGUUGCACACCUGGAAUCAAAGAAGUUGUGUACCCCCAGAAAGGUGCAGGUUGGACUUUUAGUAACCAAACAGGAACUUGAACUGUCUGUGGAUUCACACACAGACAGAAGCAAUUCAGAGCACCUGUCUGUCCUGAAUCAAGCCAUGAUGGCAAAUGUUGUCACUUACUUGGGUGGGCUGCCAGAUGUUCCUCUGGGUGCUACACCAGUGACUGCUUUUUAUAAUGGCUGCAUGGAGGUGAAGGUCAACAACAGGCAGCUGGAUCUGGAUGAAGCCAUUUCCAAACACAACGACAUCAGAUCUCACUCGUGCCCACUGAUUAUGCAGUAACCAUUCAGAUCUUAAUUUAACUUUUUUUUCCUUUCAGAUAUAAUUUGUGUAAUUAGUCUCAUGCCAUAAUAAAGCCUGCAUUGUUUUAUGCAAGAUGUGCCAGGGAAAUAGUGUGUUUUUCCUCCUUUUUAUAUAGAAUGGAAGAAAAAUCCCCUCUCUGUUCAGAGGUAAAGAGACAAUCAAGAUGAAAAUUCUGUAAAAUGUUCCUUUAUUCAUAUCAGUGGUAAAUCUUAAAGCUAGAUUUAUCUUCCAUGUUCAUACUAUGUCCUUGGCAUAUUUAGCUUGGAGAGAAAGCUUAGGAAUUUCCGUUUAGAAACAAUUUUACUUUUCAUUUUUCAUGUAUCAUCACAAAGUUACAAGUUGAAAAUCAUUUCAAUGUAUUGGAAUCUAAACAAAACUUUUCCGAGCAUAAUGUGCAAAGAAAGAUCUCUUCAGGUUUUGUAAUAUGAGCUUUUGGUAAAGGAAAAAAAUAUCCUGGAAUCCAUAGCCCAAGCUCUCUGUGAAUAUGUUUACAAGUUGUAUUUAUACUGGUAAAGCAACUUCAAAAUGGAAAUCUUUAAGUAGCUCAAUUUUUGAAAAUAUCUUUUGUUAUACUGUGCCAGCUUUAAUUCUUCUAUCUUUAGAACCCAGCUUUAGAUUUUUUUUUUUUAAGAGUUUUGGAUCAGGUUAGGUAAUUUAAUUUAAAGUGGGUUAAAAUACACCUAGGCAGUUUUGGAAAGGAGAGGAAGUGGCUUGAAGGAAGGAGCUCUAAUCUUCAUCACAGGACAUCAAACUGAAAUUUGCCAAGUGAAACUGAGAAAUUGUGGCAAAUAUUUCUUCUAUUCAGGACAGAUCCAGCACUUCUCAACAUAAGCACAGUCUGACGCUCCAUCAUAUUCUCUUUAUUUAGGUCAACCUUGCAUUCACAGAGCUCCGGCAUAGAUUUAUUUGGGAGCUGUGUUUCUGACAGCCUUAAAAGCCCAAGUUUUGCUGGUAACAUCAGAAAGUAAAGCCAUAUUCUGCUCAGCCAACUUUAAUAUACCAGCAGGUAAUUAGAAAAGUAUUGCUUUCCUCAGGUGUGCCAACUUCAGGCACUCCUAAUAUUUUUUUAACAUCCUUUGAGUGUUCUUUCCACUUCCAACCUCAUUUUCACACAACCACAAGCCUCCCUGUGCAGCUCACCUAGUGGUUUUGUUAACCUCAAACCAAAUAAAUAGCAAGAGAAUUGCUGUGAGCUAUGGAUGUGCACUCUCAUCCAUCAACCAGACAUUUAUCUGCCAGUAUUCUUGACCUGAGGUUUGCUUUCCACACUUGAGACACUGAAGUGGAAAUACGUGUACAGAAGGAUGGAUUGUGACAAUAUUCAUUGUGAGGGUUGCCUUUCUCCAGAGAUAUUCUGAGUGACAUUAGUUAGGUUUCUUCCAUUGUGGAAUGCUAACCUUAAUACAUCAGUAUUGCAGAAUCUGUGCCCAUCUUUCAACAUUAUUGCUCUGUCUGAAGUUAUUGUUAAACUUCACUUCCCACUUGUGACAUGUAAGACAGGAUUUGCUCCAGCUUUCACACCAGUACAGCCUCUGAAUCUGUCCAAGCACUGGUUCAUAUGUAGCUGCUGACACCCCAGGGCUACUGGCCACUUUUUUUCCCUUUCUAGGAUGGUAAAACAAGCUUUGAUUUCUCCUGACUCCGUGGAGGAGAGAUAACUUCAGGAGAAUAUCCUUCCCUGCUCUCUCACCAUCCCAGCACACACUUUCUUCACGUGGGCCCAAGCCGAAAAAUAACUUGGCUGAAGUAAGCAGGUUUUGCAAGCAAGGCAGAGCUGAAUUGGGACUUUUGACAUCAAAUGUGGCCACUUUGUUUAUGGUAUCUCAGCAGCACCCAUUAAUUCUGGGAGGCUCUUCGGUCAGGCUCUGCCUUGCACAGCAAACACAGGAAGUAUGAGAUGAGGGAUGCAAAGUGUCAGCAAUGUUCUAAAUGCUUAUGCUGGCAUGGGAACAGAAGAAAAGGUUGGGGGUUUUGGGGGUUUUUUUGCUGUUGUUUGGUUGGUUUUUUAGGUUUUGUUUGUUUAAAUGUAAUAAACUGUAUAGAAAUGAAAGAAAAAAAAUCACUUUCUCACACAGACUGUUUCUCUUUGUUUUCAUGCAAUAAUAUCUUAGGGUUUUGUAGUUACAAUGCACUUCUUUUUUUAAAUGUAAAAGUGCCUCCCUAUUGUAAGAAUUAAAUAAAGCAGCAUUUGCAAGUUUCUAUUCA